UGUGUGUACAACAGAAGAGGAGCACCCGCCGCGAACCGUGUGUGCUGUCCUGAACACCCAGACGCUCACCUGAUAGAAGACUACAGAGCAGGGGACCAGAUCUGUUCAGAGUGUGGACUAGUGGUGGGGGACAGGGUUGUGGAUGUCGGUACAGAAUGGAGAACAUUCAGCAAUGAGAAGUCAGACAAGGACAGGUCCCGUGUUGGUGCUGCUGAGAACCCCCUGUUGAGCGGCGGUGACCUGUCCACCAUGAUCAGUCGACCCUCGGGGUCGGCCGGGUUUAAUGAGGAUGGCAGCGCCAAGUACCACAACAGAAGAUCUAUGUCCAGUUCUGACAGAGCCCUGGUGAACGCCUUCCGAGAGAUCACCGGCAUGGCAGACCGCAUCAACCUGCCCAGAAACAUUGUGGACCGGACCCAGAUGUUGUUUAAACAGGUGAAUGACCAGAAGAGUCUGAAGGGGCGCAGUAAUGAUGCCAUCUCUGCAGCCUGUCUGUACAUCGCAUGUAGACAGGAGGGGGUGCCCAGAACAUUCAAAGGUGUGUCUUCAUUUGUUUCAUAUCAACAGUAAACGACCUAUAGGCAU